AUGAAAAAUUGCGAACUCAUGCUCCUCUCUAGUUGCCUUGUUGGACAUGGCGGCGUCCUUCUUCAACACCAUUUCGUUGAGGCAAUCCCAAAGACACAAGUCAAACUAUUCGUUCCCUCUAAUUUGGCGGCAAGAUACGAUGAACAAGGCAACACUAUCCCCGUGAACCGACAAAAGUCCGAGGUUGAGACAGCAGCUCGUCAAGCCGGAAUCCCUACCACGGUCAUUCUUCCCGGGAACUUUGCAGAGUUCGCUUUGAACACGUCCACACGGUCCUAUGUGGCAGCAGGUCACGCCCAGAUCUUUGCUUCAACACCCACCAGUCAGCUGCAGGGUCGUGACAUAGCAUUGUGUGAACUGAAGCCUACCGGCAAUGAAAUUGCCGAAGCCCUUGCCCGCAAGUUCAAUGCGGCUCCCAUCACAAAGACAGAAAGCAAAGAGCACAUUGUUCAAGCAUUGAAUGAGGCAAUUGAGAAUGGAAACCCGUUUGCCCUGGCGCUCUAUUGUCGAAAGAUAUGGGCAACUGGAGAGAAGGCGAGAAUGAUGGGUGAAGAUUUCUGGGACGUUGAAGAUUAUUCCAAGGCGACGCUUUGUGGCUUAAUUGUUGAACACAACCUUAAGUCAUACCGAUCGAUGCCUGAGGAGGUGAGGGCUUAUUUCACAGAUCUAUUCGAUCAAUGUGAAUGA